CUUUCCGCAUCCAUCAAACAGCGUAUUUUACAGUCUCGAAAUCUGGGUUAGGGUUUCUCAUUUUACUCCCGCCCCCAAAUCGAAUCCUGUAACCUAAAACUAUUCUUUCUCCUUUUUUCUCUGCCUUUGACUUUCUCUCUAUCACUGCCGAUGGCAACCAAAACCCCGACGACAACAACGCAGCAGCAAGGCGCCGCCGCAGGAAACAAGCCGGGGCUGCGCAAGCCUGUCUUCGUCAAAGUUGACGCUUUGAAGCCCGGUACAAAUGGCCACACCCUCGUAGUAAAAGUAGUGAAUUCUAACACCGUUCUCAACAAGAAGCCUCGUAACCCGACUUUUCGUGGGCCUCAAAACCAGAAUACGAGAAUCGCUGAAUGCCUCGUCGGCGAUGAAACCGGAACUAUCCUCUUCACUGCUCGCAACGAGCAAGUUGAGUUAAUGAAGCCAGGUAACACUGUGAUACUUCGAAAUGCGAAAAUUGACAUGUUCAAGGGGUCUAUGAGGCUAGCUGUGGAUAAGUGGGGCCGCAUUGAGGUUGCUGAACCUGCAAAAUUUGUGGUCAAAGAGGAUAACAAUUUGUCGCUAGUAGAAUACGAGCUGGUUAAUGUUGUUGAGGAAUCUUGAAUCUGCAUGAAUUUGUCAAUGUCAUUGGAGUUCGAUUUUUCUUUGGCUAUUGGGUUCUGCUAUACUGAUUUCUCUGAUUAGUUUGUUUUUUCUUUUUAAUUUAAGUAAUUAACAUGUGAUAGGACUGAUCUAAUUUUGGCCUUAAUGGUUCGUGUGUAAAACAGAUUGCUUCUUGAAUGUGAAAAAGUAAAAUUUUUGAGGUA